AUGCGUAGAGCUCCGCGAGUGCCUCUCUGCGAACUUCCCCGACUUCCCCGUCUUCAUGGGGGCCUCGACGAGGAGCGAAUGUGCUGGAUUUGCCUGGACGGCGAAGAGGGGCCGUCGCAGCGUACGGAUUGGCUCCAUCCGUGCCGCUGCCGCGGCAGCAACAAGUGGGUGCACCACAACUGCCUAAAACGCUGGAUCGACGAGUGGCAGCUGCGACAUCCGAACAAGCCGAUCGCGUGCCCCCAGUGCCGCACAGAGUACAUCAUUGUGACGACGCCGCUGUGCCGAUUCGAUGCGCUGCUAUCCGGGAUCGACGACUUCUACGGUACAGUGUGUUCCAGCGUGGCGAUGGGCACAGUUUCGGCCGCUCUCUACUUCUCGGCGAUGACCUUCGGGGCCCUGACGCUCAUCCAGAUUAUCGGCUACCGCAAGAGCCUGGCGCUACUGAACGAGAAGUCGACGCUACUGAUAAUCGUCCUGCCGACGAUUCCUGUGGGGCUUCUGCUGCUUCGCAGAAUAAGAUUGGAUGACUACAUGCUGCGUUUCCUACGCAUCUUCCGUAGCCGGCGCAACGGCGUGCAGCCAGAGGAUCUGGAUGAGGCGGGCGAGAGACUGCCGGGGGCCCCGCUCGACGCCAACUACUUCGAUGAUCUGCCCCAAGAUGAUACGGCUGCGGACACAGACCUACAGGACUCCGAAAUACUAGGCAGCGAGACAAUGCGCAGAGCCUCGACCAGCUUCGUGGUGGCCCUCAGUCUGCCCAGCUUUGCCGUGCUGCUGGGACGCAGCUUGUACGCGAAGAUGGAAAACAGGUUCCUGGGCAUCCUCCUGGGCGGUAUGACGUUCCUGGGCAUCAAGGGACUGGCCAGCGCCUAUGUGCGCCAUUCUCACGUGAAACGUCUGCGCGGUCGCUCCGUGCUGGAUCAUGUGAAGCGCUGA